GGCGCCCGGGGCGAGGCCAGGGGAUGAAGGCCUGGCGUCGUGGCGGCAGCGGGGUGGCCCUCUGCGGGCCGUGGCUCUGCCCGGGGAACCCCCUGAAAGCGGCGUCCCCGUUUGUGUGGUGGAUCCUAGCGGCCCUCUCCCAGCUGGGCCCGGCACGCUCAGCCAACUUGACCAUCGCCGUGGUGCUUCCCGAGCGCAACACCACGUACCCGUGGGCCUGGCCACGGGUGGCACCCGCCAUACAGCUAGCCGUCCGCAAGGUCAACGCUCGGCCGGACCUGCUUCCGGGCUACACCGUCCAGCUGGUCUUCGGCACCAGCGAGGACGACCACGGCGUCUGCUCGGACAUCCUGGCACCCAUGUCGGCCGUUGACCUCCAGAUGAGCGCCAACCCGGACCUGUUUGUGGGGCCCGGCUGCGUCUACACCGCGGCCCCCGUGGCCCGCUUCACCCGGCACUGGGGGCUGCCGCUGGUGACCGCCGGGGCCGAGGCCGUGGGCUUCGGCAACAAGGCCGGGGAGUACGCCUUGACCACCCGCACUGGGCCGAGCCACGGCAAGCUGGGCGAGUUUGGGGCCUACCUCAACCAGCACUUCAACUGGACGCGCCAUGCCAUGCUGCUCUACUGGGACAACAAAAACGACGACCGCCCCUGUUUCUUCGCCGUGGAGGGUCUGUACCUCAGGCUGCCAGCCUUGAUGAACAUGACGAUGGAGGACAUUCCUUUCUUGGGGGCGAACUACACCGCGCUGAUAAGCGACAUCAAGCAAAAAGCCAGGAUCGUGUUCGUCUGCUGCGCCCCCGACAUCUUCCGCGAACUCAUGGUCCACGCGCAUCGCGAGGGGCUCACCGCGGGCGAAUACGCCUUCCUCUACAUUGACCUCUUUGGGGCGAGCCUGCAGAGCUCCACAUUCCCCGACCGGCGGCUCCCCUGGCGACGGGGCGACGGGAACGACACCGUUGCCCGCGAGGCCUACAAGGCCGUCAUGAUCAUCACAUACGCAGAGCCCACCAACCCGGAAUACAGGCCGUUCCUGCAGGAGGUCAAGGAAGGGGCUCAAGCGCAGUUCAAUUUCACCAUGGAAGACGGGCUGAAAAACUUCAUCGCUGCCGCCUUUCACGACGGGGUGAUGCUCUACGCUCAAGCAGCCAGUGAGAUGCUGCAGCAGGAGGGAUCCUUCUCCAACGCCACCUUGACCACCCGCCAGAUGCAGAACCGGACUUUUUAUGGGGUCACAGGGACCCUGAAGAUCGACGAGAGCGGCGACCGGGAGAUGGAUUUUUCCCUCUGGGACAUGAACCCAACGGAGGGGGAGUUUGAGAUCGUCGCCACUUACAACGGGAUCACCAAGAAGAUCAAUAUGGUUCCCGGAAAGGAUAUCCACUGGCCGGGGAAUGGCAUCCCGAGGGAUGUGCCCUUCUGUGGUUUCGAGAACACCAACCCAGCCUGCCAAAAAGCCUCCUUCUCUCUGCUGGAGAUCCUAUCCCUCACGAUGACCUUGGUCCUGUCCGUCAUCAUUGUCACAGCUUUCUUUGUGUACAGGAAACUGAAGCUGGAGAAGGAGCUGGCCUCUGAGCUGUGGCGGGUGCAAUGGGAGGACGUUCAGUCCAGCAACUUGGAGAAGAACCUCCGCAGCAUGGGGAGCAAACUCACUCUCUCCCUGAGAGGCUCGAACUAUGGCUCCCUUCUCACCACAGAGGGACAGUUCCAGGUUUAUGCCAAGACAGCUUAUUAUAAGGGGAACCUUGUGGCCGUGAAACAUGUAAACAGGAAGCGGAUCGAUUUGACACGGAAGGUGCUCUUCGAGCUGAAGCAUGUGCGGGAUGUUCAAAACAAGCACCUGACGCGCUUUAUCGGAGCCUGCAUCGAUCCCCCAAACAUCUGCAUCUUGACAGAGUACUGCACCCGUGGCAGUCUCCAGGACAUCCUGGAAAACGAGAGCAUCACCUUGGACUGGAUGUUCCGCUAUUCGCUCACCAGUGACAUCGUCAAGGGGAUGCUUUUCCUCCACAACAGCGUGAUCAGCUACCACGGCAACCUGAAGUCCUCCAACUGCGUGGUGGACAGUCGCUUCGUGUUGAAGAUCACAGACCACGGGCUGGAGAGCUUCCGUCAGGCGCCCGAGACAGACGAUUCCCACGCGCUCUUUGCCAAGAAACUCUGGACGGCUCCCGAGCUCCUGCGCAUGGAGUCGAACCCCUUCCUGGGCACCCAGAAAGGCGAUGUCUACAGCUUCGGGAUCAUCCUGCAGGAGAUUGCCCUGCGGAACAGCGUCUUCUACGUGGAAGGCAUGGAUCUGAGCCCCAAAGAAAUUAUCGAGCGAGUGAAGAGCAGCGAGCACCCCCCCUUCCGCCCCUCGGUGAACUUGCCCUCCAACCUCGAGGAGGUGGUCUUACUAAUGCAGCGGUGCUGGGCCGAAGACCCCCAGGAGCGCCCCGACUUCCACCACAUCAAAGGCAUGUUGCGUAAAUUUGACAGGGGCAACAGCUGCAACCUCUUGGAUACGUUACUGUCACGCAUGGAGCAAUACGCCAACAACCUGGAGGAACUGGUGGAGGAGCGCACACAGGCCUACCUGGAGGAGAAGCGCAAGGCAGAGGUCCUGCUCUACCAGAUUCUGCCCCACUCAGUGGCGGAGCAGCUGAAACGCGGGGAGACGGUGCAAGCAGAGGCAUUUGACAGUGUCACCAUCUAUUUUAGCGACAUCGUGGGCUUCACUGCCCUGUCGGCAGAGAGCACCCCCAUGCAGGUUGUCGCUUUGCUCAACGACUUGUACACCUGCUUUGAUGCCAUCAUUGAUAACUUUGAUGUCUACAAGGUGGAGACCAUCGGCGAUGCGUACAUGGUUGUGUCGGGCCUCCCGGUGCGCAACGGGCGGCUGCAUGCCCGUGAGAUUUCCCGCAUGUCGCUGGCACUCCUUGAGACCGUUCGCAACUUCAAGAUCCGCCAUCGGCCGGACCAGCAGCUCAAACUGCGAAUUGGGAUCCACAGCGGUCCUGUCUGUGCCGGAGUUGUGGGCCUGAAGAUGCCUCGCUACUGCCUCUUUGGGGACACAGUCAACACAGCCUCCCGCAUGGAGUCCAAUGGGGAAGCUUUGAAGAUCCACUUGUCAGGAACCACCAAGUCCAUCCUGGAGGAGUUUGGGUGCUUUGAUCUGGAGCUCCGUGGGGAUGUGGAGAUGAAGGGAAAGGGCAAACUCCGGACCUACUGGCUGCUGGGGGAGCGUGUGAGCAGCACACGGGGCUGAAGAGUUGCGGCCUUCCUCUGGGAUUCCCAGGAGAUCUCCUAACCCUCCUGCGGUCACAUCCGCCGUCUCUGCCCUGCCACCAAAGACUCUCUGUUUUCAGGGCACCCUCCGGGGGUCAGGGGGUUCCCGGACUGAGCCCCCAGGACCCUACUCCCUUGGAGCAACCCACCCUUCUCCACCUCAGGCCUUUUGAACAUGUCAGCUGCUCUGACCCAGCUCUGAGCCCCCAAAGACUGGACAGGGCACCCGUGGCCUGGAGCAGCCAUCGCUACGGAUGUGUGUCCCCUGUCUCCUUUUUCCCUAUAUCACAUCAGCUCCCUGUUGACCACGUCAACCAGACAUAGUUGGGGUCCUUCACGAUGCCUGGUAGACUCAACAAACUCCACCAGCCCCUCCCUCUAUGUAAGCUGGUUGGACAUCUGACGCUCCCUUGUGAAUCUGGCAUCUGGAGUGAGGACGUCUGAGCGUCUCGCAAGACCUUGUGCCUGUAUAUGACCCACUGCUGAUUUCACACACCCCCCCCCGAAAAAAGCUCUAGCUUUAUAAUAAAAUGAAUGUAUGCGUCA